AUGUUAAUCAAUAACUUAAAGAAUUUCACAUUUUCAUCUGGAAAUCAAUUAAACUUUACAAUGAUCUCAAAAGAUUCAACUAUUUCAAUGAACAAUUCAAAUAUUAAAGAUUCAUUCAAUCAAAUCAGUGGUACAACAAAAGUUGUAAAACCUUUCUGGGCUGUUUGUCUUUUCAAAAUCACAUGGCACCAAAGUUCUAAAUCAGUCUAUAAAUGGAAUGAAAUGAUUAUAAAUGCAUGUGUAUUAGCGGAUAUUAAUACCUUUCUACUCUACCAAACUAUCGUACCCCAUACCCUUUCAACCCCAAUGGAUUCGGCUUCUCUCAACAACAGACUGGAUAUCUUAAAGUGGUUGCAUGACAAUAGAACUGAAGGUCAUGAACCAAAUGUAAUCGAUAUAAUCAGUGUGUAUGACCAUAUGUUGGUGAUGAUCAAGUGGCUGACAGAGAAUCGAACAGAUGCUUGUACCACCAAAGCAAUGGAUAACAGUGCAAAACUAGCAAGUCUUGAUAUAAUAAAGUAUUUACAUUAUAAUAGAACAGAAGGUUGCUCAGCUUACGCAAUAGAGAAUGCUAUUAGAAGUGGUAACAAAGAGAUGAUUCGUUGGCUAAUAGAGAACAGAUCAGAGUUUUCGAUGAACCCGAAAUCAAUCAAAUUAAUCGAAACAACAAUGUCAAACGAUGAUAGUGUUACUAUUGAAUGGUUACUUAUAAACUACGAUUUUCGAUCCUAG